AUGGAGGGCGACGAGAUGCAGGGUCGGCUUUUGGAGCGGAGUCUUUCUGGGUCGUCUUUUGGAACGGAGGGCGACGAGAUGCUGGCUGGCUGGUCGCUCGGUGUCGUGGAGCUGACCGGAGGUGGUCGCGACGGGACGCAGUUGAGGGUGGAGGCUUCCUGUUCCUGGGUCGCGACGGGACGGAGGCUUGCAGCUGGGUCGCGACGUCACGUCGCAGAGAGGAGGGAACGAACAGCUACUCCCCGGCGACCAGCAACGAGAGAAGGUCGGUCGCCGUCGCGAUGGUCCGAGACUCCGUCGAUGGCGCGAUGGUCCGAGAGUCUCCGAUGGGCGAUGCCGCGAAUCGCGAUGGAAGGCUUUCACUUUACUCUCGAGGGAGAGGGAGGCGGCAGGCGGCAGAAUGAAGAGAGACUUUACCCAACCAGCAACCCUACAGACAGAGAACAGAAGCUCGCCUGGGCCGGGGUGAGUGGGCCGAGAGGCCAUGGGUUGGUCUGUCCCUGGGCUGGGCUUAUUUUGAGCCUCUAA